AUGCCAGACGAUGGAAAUGCGGGCGGAGUUUCCCUGUUCCCCCCACUUCACCUCCUCCGCGCUUUGAACAAUCCAGAUCCCAAUUACUCCUACACCUAUAUCUCCAUGCUCAACCGACUGAAUCUACUGACCCGACAUUUCUCGCGUCCAUUCAGUCCAUCUCGUCCCACUAGCCCGUCCUUCUCGACCCCGUCCCUGGCCCCUCGUUCAGGUCUCUCCGCGAUGACAUCAGCCGCGAUCGCAAAGCCCAUCCACACGGCAGCAUGUCUCAUUAUUGGCGAUGAGGUUCUCGGUGGAAAGACCAUCGACACCAACUCGCCGUUCCUAGCCAAGUUCUGCUUCUCGCUCGGCAUCGAACUGAAGCGAGUCGAGGUUAUCCCCGAUGAUGAAGAGGACAUAAUGGAAGCCGUACGACGCAUGAGCGCCCGCUAUGAUUUCGUCGUUACCAGCGGCGGUAUUGGGCCCACUCACGAUGAUAUCACAUACUCCUCAAUUGCCAAGGCUUUCAACCUGAAGUUGGAAUUGCACCAGGCGGCCUUCGAGCGCAUGAAGCGCCUCUCCAAGCCUCACCCCAUGCAAAUCAACUUCGACUGGGAUACACCCUCACCGAACCUAACCGCCAAGCUGCGCAUGGUCGAGCUGCCCUUCGACCCCAAGGUCUCCCCUGAGUCGCAGGCCGUAUUCGUCGCCGAUGACUUGUGGGUGCCGAUCGCCGUAGUGAACGGCAACGUGCACAUCCUGCCCGGAGUGCCUCGGCUCUUUGAGCGUCUGCUCUUGAACUUGAAGCCCUUGCUUAUCCCCCGUCUGACUGACCCAGAGGGCAAGGGGACGUUCCGCUUGAUGAUCAGCACCCCGUUGCCUGAGAGUGCGGUGGCGCCGUACCUGACUGAGCUUGCGGCUAAGGUUGAGCCUCGGGGAAUUAAGGUCGGCAGCUAUCCCCGUUGGGGCAAAAAGCGCAAUACUGUUACUUUGGUCGGAGCGGAUAAGGCUUACAUGGACUCAUUGAUCAGUGAGGUUGAGGAGAAUGUGCAGGGUAAGCUGGUGACCAAGGAGGAUGAGUUGGAUCCUUCCUCCGACUCGGAGCAAGUUUUCAGCCAGUAG